AUGGAAUCAAACAAGACAUCACAAGAACAAAAACCUAAAGUUGGCAGCAUUAAGAAUAAGAUUGUUGCCCAAGACCUUGAGGAAGAGAGAAAGAAGGCAAACUUCGAUAUCAAGGAACUAACAGAAAGCUAUUUCGGGGGUAAAGAGAAACUUGAAUAGCACAAUGAUCACAUCUCUGUCAUGGAAAAUGACCCAAUUCUCAGAAACACCGAGAAAUGGUAUGAUAUGACUAGAGAGGAAUAAAUCGAGCAUAAUUUCAAGAGAGCAAGAAGAACUUAUGAGAUAAACAAAGAAAAGUACUACCACAAUUACGAAGUUUCAUAUAUACCAUGGUUCUCAGCCAUGUUCUAAGGAAUUUUCCCAUUUGGACUCACAAUGAGCAUGUUUUCUCUAUGUAUUCAAUAGCUAGGUGAUGACGAGCAAGUUGCCAAAUGGCUUCCCCUUGUUAAGUAAAUGAAGAUGAUUGGUUGCUAUGCUUAAACUGAGCUAGGUCAUGGAUCAAAUGUCGCUGUAAUUCUAGAAUAGGUCUAAUAUUUUUAGGGACUAGAAACCACUGCUACUUUUGAUAAGGAAAAGGAUGAAUUUAUCCUUAAUUCACCAACAAUCACAUCCACUAAAUUCUGGCCAGGUGAACUUGGUAAGUUCGGUGGAUGGGCAGUUGUCUAUGCCAAGAUGAUCAUUAAUGGAAAAAAUCACGGAGUCCAGCCAUUCAUGCUUCAAAUGAGAGAUACAGAGACAUAUGAAACUCUUCCAGGAAUAGAGUGUGGAGAUAUCGGCCCUAAAUUUGGGUAUGCAAGCAAAGACAAUGGCUACCUUAUCUUGAAGAAUGUUAGAAUCCCAAGAUCCAAUCUUCUCCAAAGAUACGUGAAUGUUGACAGAGAGGGUCACUUCACUAUUAAAGGUGACUUGAGAUCACUCUACUCCGUUAUGAUGUUCAUUAGAGUAAGUAUCGCUAUUGGAGCUGCUAAAACCCUUGGCGUUGCCCUUACUAUUGGAACAAGAUACGCAGUUGUAAGAAGAUAAUUCAGUACCUAAGAUGGAACUAAGAUUGAAAGAAAAUUGCUAGACUAUCAAACUCAUCAAUUUAAGUAUACACCUCUGCUUGCAUACACUUAUGCUUUCAAUUUCACCAGUCUUGCUCUUAUGGAAAUGCACUAACAACUUCUUAAGGAUAUGAAGACAGGCAACUUUGGGUUACUAGACUUAGCUCAUCACUUGUCAUCUGGAUAUAAGGCUUCUUAUACCAGAAUCUGCUAUGAUGGCAUUGAUACUAUAAGAUAGAGCUGUGGAGGUGCAGGUUUCUUAGCCUGGUCAGGUCUUCCAACCCUUCAAACUGAUUAUGCUCCUAACACAACUUUUGAAGGUGACAACACUGUCAUGCAUCAACAAUCAGCUAGACUAAUCUUGAAAACAAUUAAAAAUAUCCAGAGAGGAUUUAAGCCAACUGGUAUAUUUGACUACUUCAACAAAUUUGAGGAGCUCUUAAGCAAGAAAGGUUAAGUUAAGGGAUCUGCUGAUCUUUUAUGUCUAGUUAACCUUGAAAAUGCUCUAGCUGUUAGAUCAGCAUUCAAGAUCAAGACUACUGCCAUGAAGAUGGCCACUUCUUAACUGUCAGAAAACGAGAAAGCUAACUCAGCAUUCUCAGUUGAUAUGGUCAGCAUGGCUCAUGCUCACAUUAUGUAUGUUACAUUCAAAUACUUCCUAAACCACAUUGAAAAUCACCCUUACAAAUGCCCUAAGGUCAAAGAAAACCUCAAGAACUUAGCCAGGGUUUAUGCUUUGACUGAACUUCUUUAAGAUUCUGUAUCUCUCUAUGAAACUGGGUUCUUCACUGUGGGAAAUGCUCAACACCUCCUUGAAGCCUAAAAGGAGGCUAUAGCUAUAGUAAGACCACAAAUGAUUCCAUUAGUAGAAGCCCUAGCUGUGCCUGACAGUUAUAUUGUCUCAGCCAUUGGAAACUCCUACGGUGAUAUUUAUGAGACUUAACUAGAAUGGGCUAAAAACAGUAAACUCAAUUAGACCAGUGUGCUACCUGGAAUCAAAGAACACAUAUUACCAAUCCUUCAUGGAAAGUUAUGA